GUUGUAGGUGUCGAGGUGCAGCGCGUCCUCGCCCAGGUCCCGGCACGGCGCCUCGCGACACAGGUGGCGUCGGCAGAGAGCCCGGCGCGGUGCCCGGCGGAGGCAGCUGCGCCUGACUGCCCGUGGAGCUACUGGCUGGCCGUGGGCGCGGCCAUCGGCGUGUUGGUGGGCUGGGCCAUCAUCCUCUUCAUCUUCGUGCUGCGUGGACUGACCACGCGGGCUCUGAAGGUCUACGGCUUCGACCCUGUGCCGCGGGCAGACAUCCUGGCUCUGAAGAGGCAGGCGGCGGUGCAGGCAGCAAUUUUGGGAGACGGCGACGCCGACAUGGAGAUCGAGCAUUUUGCCUGGGUGAUCUCAGAGGCGGGCCACCUCCGCUUCGCGCAGACCCUGACCGACCAGGAGGUGGAGCAGGCCACGCUGGGGCAGACCAAGGGGGUCGCUCUAGUCAACGGCCUGGAGGUCUUCGUGGAGAAGAUCGAGGCAGAUCGCGCGAAGAUCGAGAAGUGGAAGGCCGAACGUGAAGCUGGAGCGGGUGACCUACGCGUGCUGGGUGAUCACCGUGACGCCUCAGGUCGUCGCCAUCUCACUCUCACCGAGGGCGUCUCCAUGAUGAGGGAGACCUCGUUUGAGGACUGGAACAUGCCUGGGCCUCGGAUCGCAAAGGAGUGGCUUGUUUCUGUUCGGGAUGGGCCGGGCGACCUGACCACCUACCAUAGCCAGUGGACGCGACGCUCGGGCGUCGGAGAGGGCACAGCUGUGGCCCACAUCCACUUCGUGAUGUGCGAGAUCGUGCGGCUGGCCAUCCAAGUCGAUCAGUUGGACGUUUCCAACCUGAUGAGCUUCGAGCUCGCCAUGCGCAGGAUCUGUCAGGACGAGACGGCCGUUUCGCGCAACCCUCGUCACCCAGACUACGGCGGGCUCGACAUUGUGCUGCACGCUCCGGUCUCGGAGCAGGGCCAGGCCAGCACGGACAGAUUCACAGAGUGGGUCACUGCCCGCUUGAAGGAGCGCGCCUCGAUCUACAAGCAGACUCGCCUCUGGAACGAGGAGCAGCGCGCCCUGCAGGCUGCCCGCACCUCGGUGGACCCCAGCAAGGGAGGCCUCACAGCCGAGGGGGCCGCGCGCGAGCUGCUGGCCUCGAAGGACCUGUAUAGCCAGGAGCCGAAGCACCUAGCGCCGUUCGACCUGACAAAGCUCAAGGUUGCCAAGGGACGCGCCCGGCCGCGGUCUGUGGCCAACUUCCUUCCUCCGUUGGCUGGGGAGAUGAUUCGGAACCCAGCGCAGUACAUAGAGAAGGAUGAGGGGGAGAUGGAGUUCACACGUCAGACAACUGAUCCCAUCAAGCCUUACUGGGAUCCAGUGCUUCGUUCUAGCCGACUGGAGCGAUGGAGGCUGUUCCGAGUGCUGUACGAGCUGGGGCUCAUCACGUUCAGGCCCCGUCUUCGCGCUCGAGCCGCCUUAUUUUUUGUGAAGAAAAAGAAACCUGGCGAGAUCAGAAUGAUAGUUGAUGCGAGGCAGGCCAACGCCUGCCACCGUGCGCCUCCGACCACUCGCCUUGGGUCAGCAGGCGCCCUCGCGGACCUCGACUUCUCCGACGGGAACGGCUCCUUCGGCGGCGUCGGCAGCGUCGUCGGCUGGGACCCCCACGGGAACGAGGCGGACGUCGAGGAUUGCUUCUAUAACUUUUCAAUAGACGGGCUGGCUGAGUGGUUCGGUUUCGACGACCCGCUGCCCGCUGCCACUAUCAGGGACACCUACGGCAUCAACAUUGGCUCUUUUUGGGACCCAGAUCUCCACAGGAUGGUUGCGGCGACUGACGACGUCGUGCUGUGCCCGUGCAUGCGCGCCAUGUGCAUGGGCUGGUCUUGGGCCUUGUUUUUCGCUCAGGAAGCCGUGUCAGCUAUGACCUCCCGCGCCCUUCGGCCUUGCUCGACUCUGGAGCCGGCCAUGGUGAGGGAGCACCUCCCAGCGCCUGACCUCAACGAGUCUGGGGUCAUGGGCAGCGUCUACGUUGAUAACAUCACCGUCUUGGGUAAGACUGCCGCUGUGGCCCGUGAGGCCAGUGCCGCCCUUCGCGACGAGGCGGAGCGCUGUGGUCUCCCCAUCACUUGGUCGUACCCCGACGUCGUCACUCAUCUGGAGACGGUGGGGAUCGAGCUUGAUCUGAAGCAAGGGCGCCUGCGCAACAAGGCCUCCCGAGUCUGGAGGUUCGACCUGGCCACCCGGGCGCUGCUGGCCCGGGGUAAGAUGCGGGGUGAACACAUGGAGGUCUGGUUGGGCCACGCGGUCUCCCUGCUGAUGCUGGCCCGGCCAGGCUACGCUGCGCUGUCCGCCGUCUACCGGUUUGCGGAGGAGGCCUGGGGCAUGCGGACUGUCUUGCCUAGCGAGGUCAGACAGGAGAUGCGCAUCGUGGUCGGGCUGGUCUGGCUCGCGGAGGUCGACCUGGCAGCGCCCUACGUGCCGCACGUGUACGCCAGCGACUCCGCCGACCACGGGUACGGGCUCAUGUACAAGAGGGCCUCGCUCGGCGACCUGCGCUCGGCCUUCCGCUGGAAGGAGAAGUGGAGCUUCAGGCAGCACCUCCGAGGGCCGCGCGUGGGUCUUGUGCCUCCGACUGAUGUUGCCGACAUGGGGGGGUACGGCGACGUGAUCGACCGGUCCCUGGACUAUGAGAUCGAGCCUCGCUGUCAGUCUUCCUCGCCUUGCAGCGGCACGGCGCCCGCGACCGCCUUCGGCCAGUGGCUGCAGCGCCGGGCGGAGGAGGGCUCGCCGUCGGCGGGGGCCCACCAGCCGCGCCGCCGCCGCCGGGAGUGCCACGCCUCUUGGCGUGAGGGCGAUCUGGAGGUCCUGCCACCGCAGACCGGACCUCUUGCGCCACCGCUCCCGGCCGCGUGGUGCGAACCCGAGGGCUUCCGCCUGGUGGCGGCGAAGAGGUGGCGCUGGCCGAGCGAGCACAUCAAUGUGAAGGAGACCCGAGCUGCUGUGAUGGGCCUUCGCCAUGCCUGUCGCGUCCGCAGCAACUGCGGACGCCGCUUGGUUUCUAUCGUCGACUCCAUGGUUUGUGUUGGCUGCCUGGAGAAAGGGCGGUCUAGCCGCUCAGCAGCUCUGAGCGCACAGUGCCGGCGCGCGGCGGCCUACACGAUAGGGUGUAGGGUGCGAUGGAGACUUCGAUAUGUCAACGCGAAGUACAAUGUGGCCGACGGCUUCCUGGAAUUGUUCUCGGGCGAGGGCGGGCUUUCGGAGGCCUUCAAGGAGCUCGGCCUGAAGACCUUCCCCGGGAUGGACAUCAAGGACGGGGCCCACUAUGACCUCCUGGAUCCUGUGGUGCAGACCUCGAGGCUCUGGGAUUUUGACCCCGUUCGAGAGCUCACCAACCUUCCCGACGUGAUUCAGAUUUUUCUCGUGCACUGCAGCUAUGGGGCCCCGCACUUGAAGCGGACUAAGAUCCUCACGAAUUUCUUUGCCCUGUCAUCCCUGAGCUCAGAGUGCUCCAGAGACCACACGCACGUGGAGCUCAGGGGUUUCGAGACAGUUACGUUGCCAUCUGGGGCUCGGGUCAGACGCAAUCGGACCGCUGGAGCGGGAGCCUACCCCCGCAGGCUCUGCAAGGCAUGGGCUCAGGCGGCCGCUCUGACCGCGCCUGCCGGCGCCCGCGGCGACCUGGACGCUGCUGACGGCGGAGACCUGGAGGCACAGCUCCGGGAUGCUUCGCAGCGGCCAGCUUCGCGUGCCCGAGAGCGCCUCAGGCCGGCUCGGCAGCGGCUCCAAGCGGAGCCUGACCUCGGGCUCUCUGCAGCCGCCGACCCAGACACCCUCGAGAGCCGGUACGACCACCUCCGGCCGUUCAUCGUCUUUGGCCAGGACUCCAACCUCGAGGCGGCUCGAAAGCAGGCGGCCCGCGCCAAGAGAGGUGAUGAGGACCUGAAGGAGGCACCCGAGUCCAAGAUUGACCAAUUAAUGUGCAAGUAUUUUGACAAGCUGAUGAGUGAUGCAAGACACCCAGCUGAGGGCCGCUAUGCUCUCUGGGGCUACCUGACUUUCUUCCCGCGCUCUGACAUCGCCAAGUCUGCCCGCCUCAUGAUGGCCAGGGAGGCUAUGAAAGGCUGGACCCGAAGAUUUCCUGGCUCGUCUCGCCACCCAUGGCCGCUGUCAGUUUUCUUCCUGUUCAUGACAGUCUUUAUGAAAGACAAGCACAUCGGAGCCGCAAUAGCCUUAGCCAUCCAGCUGGACGCCUACCUGAGACCCUCAGAGAUCUGCGACCUACGGUGGUGCUCGGUGGUUCGCCCUUCGUCAUCAUCGUCGCGUCUAGCCCGAGGCCGCUGGGCCGUUGUUAUCGGCAACUCAGACCUUGGUGAGACCACCAAGACAGGCGAGUGCGACGACACCGUGGUGCUCAACUCGCCGGGCCGAGACUGGGUCGGCUCGGUCCUCGAGAUGUGGGCCCGGCGGCGCUCGUCGAGCUCGCGCCCAGAGGAUCUGGUGUUCCCGAACCUGUCCUUGGCCAAGUAUGAGGCUCUUUUUAGACAGUACAGCCGGUCCGUCUUAGGUAAGACUGGCCACCUGACGCCGCACGUUGCACGCCACUCGGCGCCAUCCCAUGAUGUUCUGACAGGCGCUCGCAGCCUGAGCAUGGUGCAGAAGCGUGGCAG